AUGAACCACUUCCAGACCAUCCUGACUCGGGUCCGGAUGCUGCUCUCCUGCCAGCUGCCCAGCCAGGUGCAGGCCUUCCUGGACAACCUGCUGGAAGCAGAGUUCCUCUCCAGGGAGUACCACCAGGCCCUCCUCCAUGAGCCUGAUGGCGAGGCUCUGGCCAGGAAGAUCUCCUUGACCCUGCUGGAGAAAGGCGACACAGACUUGGCUCACCUAGGGUGGUCCUGGCAUGGGUUGCAUGCUCCGGCAGCCGAGAGGGUCCCCAGCCAUAGGGGCCAUGGUGGCAGUGGGCAGUGUGCCGCCAUGGAGUUGGGAACUCUCCAAGGUGGGUACCUGGAGCUUCUCAACAGCAACGCUGACCCCUUGCAGCUCUACCACUUCUACGACCAGAAGGAUCUGGCUGGAGAAGAAGAGAUCGAGCUCUGCUUAGAGCCUGACACGGACACCAUCAACUGCGACCAGUUCAGCAGGCUGUUGCGGGAGAUGGAAGGUGAUGAAGAGACCAGGGAGGCUUAUGCCAAUAUCGCGGAACUGGACCAGUAUGUGUUCCAGGACUCCCAGCUGGAGGGCCCAAGCAGAGACAUUUUCAUAGAGCACAUGGGAUCAGAAGAAGUGAUCGGUGACAGUCUGGAGGCAUCGACGGAAGCAGGGCAGAAAAGUCAGAAAAGACCUUUCCCAGAGGAGCUGCCCGUGGACCUGAAGCACAGGAAGAUAGCUGAGCCCUCCACUGGGCUCACAGUGACUGGCAGCUUCCUGGUGGGGCUGGAGAGCGCCUCCUCAGCCUUGUCCUGCCUGCAGUUGCCUCUUCUGCUCAACCAGGAGCCAGCACCUGACCCGACCCAGCUGGAGGAGACUGUCCACAUGCCUGUGCCGCCCUCCAGGCCCUUGUUCAGCUGCCUGAAUCUCCCUGCUGGAUCCAUCCAGAUCAUCCCCACCCUCACUCUGCCCCAGGGGCUCUGUCAGAUCUCAGGGGCUGGGGCAGGGGUCUCCGGCAUACUCAUCUACCACGGUGAGAUGCCCCAGGCCAGCCAAGUGCCCCCUUCCGGCAGCCCAGCUGUCCACAGCCUCCCAAAGUCCCCAGAUCGGCCUGGCUCCACCAGCCCCUUCGCCCCGUCGGCUGCUGACCUGCCUGGCAUGCCCGAACCAGCCCUGACCUCCCGCACAAACAGAACAGAGGACGAGUUGUCUCCGAACCAAUGCCCAGCAGAUCUCGAGGUCUCCAGCAAGAUUCCAAAACGGUCUGAGGCAGUGGAGCGGUUCUGCCGCUUGCUGCAGGACCGGUACCUGGCUGAGCCCGCAGGCCCGGAUGGCAUCCUGGUGGAGGUGGAGCUGGUGCGAGCACGGCUGGAGAGGAGCAGCAACAAGGGCCAGGAGAGGGAGCUGGCCACCCAGGACUGGGCAGAGCGGCAGCUGGCCCGUGAGGGUCUGGCAGAGGUGCUGCUGGCUACCAGUGACCACCGAUGGCGGCAUGAGACAUGGGUGAUUGCCGUGCUGGGCAAGGCAGGGCAGGGUAAGAGCUGCUGGGCCCGGUCCGUGAGCCGGGCCUGGGCCUGUGGCCAGCUGCCGCAGUACGACUUUGUCUUCUACCUGCCCUGCCACUGUUUGGACCGUCCGGGGGACACCUACCGCCUGCAGGACCUGCUCUUCUCCCUGGGCCCACAGCCAUUGCUGGCGGACGAAGAGGUCUUCUGUAACAUCUUGAGGAGGCCCGACCGCGUGCUGCUCAUCCUGGAUGGCUUUGACGAGCUCGAAGCCCAGGAUGGCUUCCUGCAUAUUGCAUGUGGCCCCCUGCCCACAGAACCCCGCUCCAUCCGGGGGCUGCUGGCCGGCCUCUUCCAGCGCAAGCUGCUCCGGGGCUGCACGCUGCUGCUCACAGCCCGGCCCCGAGGCCGCCUCGCCCAGAGCCUGGCUAAGGCCGACAGCCUGUUUGAGAUGGCUGGCUUCUCUUCCGAGCAGGCCAAGGCCUACGUGAUGCGCUACUUUGAGCAUUCAGCUGAGCACCAAGAAAGAGCCCUGAAGCUCAUCCGCAGCCAGUCGUUCCUCCUCAGCCACAGCCACAGCCCCACGCUGUGCCAGGCAGUGUGCCGGCUCUGUGAGGCCCUGGUGGGGCUGGACGAGAGGGCCCAGCUUCCCUCCACACUCACAGGGCUCUUUGUCCAUCUGUUAGGCCCGGCCGCCCACGAUGGACCCCCAGGGGCCCUGGUGGAGCUGGCCAAGCUAGCAUGGGAGCUGGGCCGAGGGCACCGCAGCACCCUGGAGGAGGCCCAGCUCUCAUCGGCAGAGGUCAAGGCUUGGGCCAUGGCCAAAGGCCUGGUGCAGACCUGCCCGGGGGCUCCAGGGACGGAGCUGGCCUUCUCCAGCUUCCUGCUGCAGUGCUUCCUGGGAGCCGUGUGGCUGGCGCUGAGCAGUGAAAUCAAGGACAAGGAGCUGCCGCAGUAUUUGGCGUUGACCCCGCGCAAGAAACGGCCCUACGACAACUGGCUGGAGGGUGUGCCGUGCUUCCUGGCUGGGCUGAUCUUCCAGCCGUACUCCCACUGCCUGGGAGCCCUGGCUGGGCCAGCAGCAGCUGCCCAGGUGGACAGGAAGCAGAAGGUGCUUAUGCGGUACCUGAAGCGGCUGCAGCCUGGGACGUUGCCGGCCGGGCGGCUGCUGGAGCUGCUGCACUGUGCCCAUGAGGCGAGGGAUGCUGGGCUCUGGCAGCACGUGGUGCGUGGGCUCCCGGCCCACCUCUCCUUCCUGGGCACCCGGCUCAUGCCCUCCGACACCCACGUGCUGGGCAGGGCCUUAGAGGCGGCCGGCCAUGACUUUUCCCUGGACCUCCGCAGCACUGGCAUCGACCCCCCUGGACUGGGGAGCCUCGUGGGACUCAGCUGUGUCUCCCGUUUCAGGGCUGGACUGAGUGACACGGUGGGGCUGUGGGAGUCCCUGCAGCAGCGUGGGGAAGCGAAGCUACUCCAGGUGGCGGAGGAGAAGUUCACCAUUGAGCCUUUCAAGGCUGAGUCCCUGAAGGAUGUGGAAGACCUGGGCAACCUUGCACGGAUACAGAGGACGCGAAAUCCCUCAGAAGAAGCUGCUGGGGAACUUCCUGCUGUCCGGGACCUAAAGAAGCUGGAGUUUGCGCUGGGCCCUGUCUCGGGCCCUCAGGCUUUCCCCAAACUGGUGACGAUCCUCACGGCCUUUUCCUCCCUCCAGCAUCUGGACCUGGACUCACUGAGUGAGAACAAGAUCGGGGACAGAGGUGUCGCACAGCUCUCGGCCACCUUUCCUCAGCUGAAGGCUCUGGAAACACUCAACUUGUCCCAGAACAACAUCACCGACGUGGGUGCCUGCAAGCUCGCCGAGGCCCUGCCUUCACUGGCUGUGUCCCUCCUCAGGCUGAGCCUGUACAAUAACUGCAUCUGCGACGCGGGAGCCAAGAGCCUGGCCCACGUGCUUCCUGACAUGGUGUCCCUCCGGGUGCUGGACGUCCAAUACAACAAGUUCACGGCUGCCGGGGCCCAGCAGCUCACUGCGAGCCUAAAGAAGUGCCCUCAUGUGGAGACGCUGGCGAUGUGGACGCCCACCAUCCCGUUUGGUGUUCAGGAGCACCUGCAGCAGCUAGACUCACGGAUCAGCCUGCGGUGACCUCCGCUGAGCCCGGGACAAGCACGUUCCGAGGCCACUGACCCCUCUGCACCUUGGACUGGUUGGCUGUGGACACAGCUCUCCUCUGGUGUCUCCCACGCGCCACGGCGUCCUGGAGCCCAGCUUCCACCAGCUCAGGGUUGGCCCCGGCCCCACUGCUGAGUGAGCCACGUCCUGGUCUGCUGAUAGGCCCCAGCCAACUCCAGGCUCCUUCCGGGCCCAGACUGAUGCCAGGCUCACCACUGAGGCUGCCUGUUCAGCAUCUGUAUGCCUGGUGGGCAGGUGCCAGGUGGCAGCUGUGGUCCACCCAGGAGUCCUGCAGGUCACCCCAGUCACCCGUGGCCAGGACAGAGUGAGGGCCCGAGGCAGCAAACUCCUGCCUUUCCAGGCUGGUGCCCGCUGGGGAGGAAGCAUCUCUCUGGCCUCUCUCCAAGCAGACACCCUGACAGGGUGAGCCUGGAGCUCUGGAAGCAGCAGAGGGCAGCCUGGCCUGCCAAUUCCCCAAGCCCCGACAGGCCGGGCUCUGCAGCAGCUGCUUCCUGUCGGUGGGACUCAGUUUUGCACUAACUUUGUUUGCCAGAGGCCAAAGCCAGGCCUAGCUAGCUGCCCUCGGCCUUGUCAGGAAACAGCUAAUGAUACACUAAUGGGGGCGAGGAGGAGAGUGGUACCGUCUCUGCCUUUUGGCCUUCAUACCCUGUCUUUUUCACUACAUUAUAAAAGUCUCAUUUAAUUCCACAGGCAGGUCUGUUUCAGUUUAUACCAUGAUCACCAUUUUGGGGGCCCACUAUUCCAGUUGUCUAAUGUGUAAUAAACCACCCUAAAAUAUAGUGGCUUAAAACCACUGCUCAGACAUCUGAAAUGUGGGCAGGGCUUGGUGGGGAUAGCUCAUCUCUGUACCCCUCAGGGGCAACUAGCUGGAAGGCUGGAGCUGGGGUCACCUGAAGGCUCGGUCCCUGGUGUCAUGUCUGGCACUCAGUGCUGGCUGUUGGCUGGGGGCCUCACUUCCUCUACGGAGCUGCCAGCUGGGGGCCUCUCCACGUGGUCUUCCCAUGUGUGCUAGCUUGGGCUUCCUCAUGGCAUGGUGGUUGAGUUGAAGGUGUGGUGAGAAGGAAGGGGGAGGGAGAGAGACAGGGAGAGAAGGGAAGGGAAGGGAGGAGGGAGGAAGGGAGGGAGUAUCCUUUUUAUAACCUAGCCCUCAAGUCACCCAGCAUCACUUCGGCCAUUCUCUAUUGGCCAUUUGCCAGGGAACAUCUCUCCCCUCAACACACAUCCACCCACAAACACACACGUACACACGCACACCCGAGUACACCUUGGCCUAAGUCCUGUAUUUUCUGACAGUAUUUUCUUUGUGGCGUCCUUUCCAAGAUUUGGUGGAAAAUUUAUUAUUUGGAGAUGAGAAAGGUUCAAGUGCUGCAAGCUGUUCACAAAGGGAAGGCUUUCCUCUGCCUUUGACACACCACUCUAUCCUGGGAGCCGGCUCGGAGCCAAGCUGGAAUGCUGCCUUGGCUGCGGCGAGCCCGGAAGGGACUUGGCAGCUCCCCUGUCCACCCAGAGCUGCCAGCUCGGCUGCUGUUGUUUUUCACUCGGGCACGGCCUGCUGUCAGGAGCCCGACUUGGGACAACGUGGCUCUCUGGGUGGCAAUGGGAGCUGUCUGUUCAAUCCCAGUGUGCAGCCCUGCAGCUUGAUCAGCCUGCUUCCCAAACUCCCCUCCUCUCCCAGCAAGUGGCAGUCGGGGUCUGUAGGUCAGAGGGUUUGGACCCGCCAGCCCAGUGGCAAUCUUGGCAAAGGGCAUCAGCAGUUACAGGUCAGGCUUGGAUUUAACAGCCCAGGCGUGACUCCUCAGGGUGUCCCUGCACCCCUGGGCUCUGCACAGGCGUGGGCACCCAGCUACUCUCUGAGGCUGUGCCUGCUGUGACUCACGUGUGUCCCGCACAGCCAGCCAGGAGGGCAGGCACUCCUGUAGCCGUUCGGAGAGGAGGAAACUGAGCCAGCGGCCAUCACCAACAGUAAUACUUUUUAAAUGAUGCUGUUGUUAGUUGCUGUAGAGUCAGCUCUGACUUAUGAGAACUCCAUGGACAACAGAACGAAACACUGCCCAGUCCUGCACCAUCCUCACAAUC